UAUCAAAAUGAUUUUGAUGUUGAUUUGUUGUUGGUGUAGAGUUUAUUGAUAACAGAUGUAAGAAAAUUGUCAAUGAUACCGCCAUCGUUUUGGACUGGACAUUGAAAUUAUCAGCAAAUAGAGGCAACAGCAGUCAUUGACAAGACAACGACCCUUCAGAGAGGCAGCAUCUUUUAUGUCAUUAAACACGGCUCCCAAUCAAAGAUAACCAAAAUGAAUAGCGAACAAAAGUUGGAAUAUAUUAAUAAACAUAUUGGCGUUUAUCCAGACUUUCCUAAAAAGGGCAUACUUUUCCGAGACAUUUUUGGUGCUUUGACUGAUGCCACAGCAUGCCAGUAUCUGAAAGAUGUUUUGCUGGAACACGUGCGUAAAACCAAUCCAGAUAUUGACCUAAUUGUGGGCUUGGAAUCUCGUGGUUUUCUAUUCAAUUUAAUGCUUGCCGCUGAACUGGGAGUCGGUUGUGCACCGAUACGCAAAAAGGGCAAGUUGCCUGGCGAAUGUGUAUCAGUGGAAUAUACAUUGGAGUAUGGUUCAGACAUCUUUGAAAUGCAAAAAACUGCAAUAAAGCCCGGACAAAAGGUUCUCAUUAUUGAUGAUCUAUUGGCCACUGGUGGUUCACUUAGUGCUGCCAUCGAACUGGUACGCAAGGCUGGCGGUGAAGUUGUUCAAUGUUUGGUUGUUAUGGAACUUGCAUUCCUCGAUGGUCGUAAAAAAUUGGAUGCCGAUAUUCAUUCCUUAUUAAAAUACUAAAAUCGCAGAUCAACGAUCAAAGACACAUAUGGCACUAAAAAGCAAUAGAAGUUACCUGAAACAAAGCAUUUACUAUUAAAUAAUUACUAACACAACUUUUAUCAGAAAUAAGUUUUUGAAAAGUUUAUUUUUUUAAAUAAAAAGUAAAUUUUAUUUU